GUGUUGCCUGCAGUCUGAGCCCAGAACAGCUCAGUGGAGGGAGGAGGAGGCCCAGAGAGUAGAGGGGGCCACCACAGGUGUGAUCUGAGGGGGAAGGGUCCUGCCCUGUCCAGUCUCAGGUGCUGGGAUGGUGCCCGCUGGCAGGUGACACGUCAGCAGCGGAGUAACAGAGCGCUGGGGGAUGCAGCGAGGAGACAGGGCACAGAGCCGGAUGGCAGGGGGCGCGGAGAUGGGCCCCACUGAGAUCAAAGCCGUGAUUGUGGGGGACGGGGGCUGCGGGAAGACCUCCCUACUCAUGGUCUUCGCCAAAGGGGAUUUCCCCAAGAUCUACGUCCCCACCGUGUUUGAGAAGUACUCUGCCUCCUUCCAGGUUGGUGACAAGCCAGUGCAAAUCAAUCUGUGGGACACAGCAGGGCAGGAAGAUUACGACAGGCUCCGCCCCCUCUCCUACCCAGGCGCGCACGUGAUUCUCAUGUGCUUUGAUGUCACCAGCCCCGCCACCUUCGACAACAUUCUCACUAAGUGGUACCCAGAGGUGAAUCACUUCUGCAGGGGCGUCCCCAUCGUGCUGGUGGGCUGCAAGACCGACCUGAGGAUGGACAAGGUGCUGCUGAGGAGACUUCAUGAAGACCGGCUGGAGCCCAUCACCUACCUCAAGGCAGAAGCCAUGGCCCAGGAUGUUCACGCCGUCGCCUACCUCGAGUGCUCAGCCAAGUUCCAGGAGAACAUUACUGACAUCUUCCUGGAGGCCUCCCGUGCUGCCUUGAGUGCCAUGCGGAAGAGCCAGAGCAAACAGAAACCCAAGAGGAGCUGCCUGCUCUCCUAGCCACGUCCAUGUUCCUGCCAAGGAUACUCCAGUGCCUUGCACCCAUCCCAGGGCCAGCGCCACCUCCUGCGGCCUGCAGCCAUCCCGGGGCCAGCGCCACCCUCCAGCAUUUCUGUGGGCAUCAGCUCACACUCAUCAGGGGCUGACAGCACAGAUCUGCCCUCCUCACAGCGGGGCAUCACCGGGGGGUGAAUGAUUCCACAGGAGGGGCAAGUACCUGCCCCGUUGUCAGAUACAAGACAAGACUGAAGUAGAUGUGGGCCAGGUUCCAGCUCUCAGAAAUACGUGUCUGAGAGCCCUGACUCCUCCCAGUUUCCCCUGGCUCCGACUGGCAGCUACCAGCUUACGCAGCUCAUACUAGCACGGCUCCUGCUGCUGCACCCAGCUUGGCGCGGCACUGCUCCCACACAGCUCCUACCACUGUGAUGCACAGGGGCCCAAUGAAUCCAUCCACAGCUCCCAGUGAGUCCAUCCACAAGAUGCCACAGCCACAGGGUGCAACCCCAAGGAGGGGCUGUAAGGUCAUCUCUUGGUUCUGUGUGUACAGUGCCUCGCCAGCAAAGUCAUGGGCAGGGGCUCCUAAGGGAGGCAAUAUCACAUGUCAUAAAUAAUACUAACUAGGGGUAACUGCGGAGGCUGAGCAAAGGACCCACUAGACCGCCAAACUCAUUGCCGUGAGAUCAGAGCGGGGUUACUCUCUGCAGAACAUUUCCCUUUGCCUUGGCCAAUAGUGCUCAAUGCCAUUGGGGCUCCAUUCACCUUCCCCAGAGGCUGAUAACAUGGCCUGAGCCAUCUAACCCCGUCAGCUUCCCUUGUCCUCCACUCAGGUUCCAACCUCAGUAUAUGUCACCGCCAUCCUUCAUUGGUGCAGCCCUAAAUUAGCCAGAUCAAGCCUCUGUUUUCCUCAGUCAGCCGCCCGGGCGCUUCUCUGAGCAGCUCCCAUGGUGCUGAUCUUACUCAGGGGCUGUGGUGCCAGAUCCCGAUCUGACAUCGCUCCAUUGACUCCAGUAGGGCUGCACCCAUUUACACCAGCUGGGGAUCAGGCCCAUAGACACCAAUGGAGAUCAGGCUGAUUGACCCUAUUUGGUGAUCUGGCCCUACUGACUCCAGCACAGCUACAGGCUGUGUUUAUACCAGCUGGAUUCCUAGCCCCUGUGAUUCCACUGGAGUGAUGCUGUUUGGGGAGCAGGGGUGGGUGUAUAUACUAGUUAUAGGGAAAGGGGUGGUUAACUGGGUUAACUACAAGACUGAUAGAGAAGUCCCUUGGUAAAGGGUCCCCUGUUCUUUGCAAUCAACUCCUGUCUCAGACCUGAUAAAUUCCCUGCAUCAGACACACGCCUUACCAGGCAUUUAUCCAUGAAAACUAACAUGGACAGUAGCUACAGAAAGCUCAUGACUUAUCAAGACUCCUGACCAUUGCAAGAAUAAUUUAGGUCAUAAUUUAAGAAAUAAUGUAACUAUGUGGAACGUAUGCUCUAGAAGUUAGUCCCCCAGGAAUAAUAAGUCUGCUUGACAGGCCAUUCAAGCAAGGGUCACACCUCCCUCGUUAGCUGGUGAUGUAAUGCAAGGCUCUUUGUUCCAUCCCAAGGCUAUCAAUGGAAAAUUUAUCCCAGACUACUGCAAAUAAUUGGAAACAUGGAGAUAAGAGACGGGGUGAUUGCUUAUCCGUUGUUUUUCUAUGCAUGGGCAAAAGAUUGUUUUGAUAUGCAACAAACAGGAUUCUCUAAUAUUGGUAUGCUGUGUGACUCAGUUUCCCCUGUGUGUUGCAUUAGCUGGAGGUGGGGCUGCCUAGGAGACAUGGGUAUGAUAUGAUCUGUUUGAGCCUGGCUGGGUCAGGGAGGUGGUGUCAGUUCAAUAGUGGCCAGACAGAGCACAGUAGCUGAAAUCAGCCUGGCUGUCAGUCUGUUAGGGGAACCCAGACCCAUGCCCUCCAGUGGGUUCUGACUCUGGGCCCUCAAGCUAUGUAAGCUGGAUCCUGAUUCAUCAUCUAUUACUGUGCUCCCAGCUCCCUUCCAACCUCCCACAGGUUCUGCAGCCUACUCAGCCUCCUGGGAUGGCUGCCUCCUUCUAAACUGCUGUCCCUAAGGCCAGGUCUAUCCUAUAGGGAAAAGUUGGCAUAAGGUAUGCAAUUCCAGCUACAUAAAUAAUGUAGCUGGGGUGGAUGUACCUUAAGACAAACUUUGCCGCCAUUCCCACGGUGGGAGUUCAACAGGAGAAACACUCCCAUUGAUUUCCCUUAUGUCUCACGACAGGAGUAUCAUGGUCCAUGGGGAGCAGCCUCAGCGUUCAAUUUAGCGGGUCUUUACUAGACCCACUAAAUCAAAUGCCAAAAGAUCAAACGCUACAGUGUCAAUCUUCCCAUGAGUAUAAACAAGGGCUGAGUUCAGCAGCUUGCUGGCAAGAGUACCCUCCUCCAGCCGUACUCAGUCCUCUAGGAGCCACACUACCCUCCUCUCAGCCCUUAUAUCUGCCCCGCCACAACGAGACUGCCAAUUAAGGACAGGCAGUGCCCAUGUUAACCCUUUAGUUGCUGGACCAGCAUGGGGUACAUGCUACCCAUUCCAGGGCCAUUUAAAAAAAGAGAGGCCAGGGCCAGCCCAAUAAUGGUAGAAAAUCCAGUCCCUUCAUUCUCCAACCCAGGGUGUCUUUUACACAGCUUCACUGCGAGAGCAGCCACUCCUAGUCUGCUCCCCGCCAGCUUCCAGCAUGUAAAUUACUCAUCACUGAGUUAUAGGAGUGCUAUAGAUAAGAAUUACAUUGCAGGGUGACACCAGCAAAUUCUUAAUCUCAGACAUCCCCACAAAGGUGUAUCUUAUAAUGCCCACCCUCCUGGGCAAUACAAGCUCAUUGAAAUCUGCCAUUUCAUUAAUCGAAAAUGAUAUGCACAAAUCCCAUUAUUCCAAUGGCGAUUCCCAAACACUUUGAUUCAAACACACAAUGGUUUAGGUAAAAGCAAGUUUGUGAACUACAGAAAGAUAGAUUUUAAGCCCUUUCACAUGAUGAGGCAUAAAAUUCAGAACUGGUUACAAACAAAUAACAGGUAAAUAACAGGAAUGCAUGUUUUACAGAAGAAUUGUAUAACUUUACAUACAACAUUGACACACAUUUUACCAGGACAAUACUGUUCAGCUGAUUAUCAGUUUUCAAAGGAUACCUCAUAAAGUGUACUUUGUACAAGAUUUAACAUAGUUUUGUAAAUGUGAUGAACCUAGGAGAACAAUCUGUCAUGAAUGGACUUCAACCUUCCUUUCUCUUUGCUCGUCUAAGGGUACAUCUACACUGCCAUACUAUUUCGAAAUAACUAGUGCUAUUCCAAAAUAACUUAGUCCGCAUCUACA